AGGACGCCCACAACUGCAUCCCGGAGCUGGACGGUGAGACGGCCAUGUUCUCUGUUUAUGAUGGACACGGAGGGGAGGAGGUUGCCUUAUACUGUUCCAAGUACCUGCCUGACAUCAUUAAGGAUCAGAGAGCCUACAAGGAUGGCAAAUUACAGAAGGCUCUAGAAGAUGCCUUCCUCGCCAUAGAUGAGAAACUGACACAGGAAAACGUGAUCAAGGAAUUGGCUCAGAUGGCCGGACGGCCUAUUCAUGACCACGAUGAUAAGAAUAAGGUGGCGGAUGAGGAUGACGUGGACAAUGAGGAGGCAGUUCUGUUACAUGAGGAAGCCACCAUGACCAUAGAGGAGCUGCUCACACCGUUACGGGCAGAAUUGCGGGAAAGGGCCCCGAAAUAAGUGUGUCGAAAAGAGAGAUCCUGAGGAGCCGGCCAAGGAGGGCAGUGUGAAUGGAGAGCUGGACUCAGAGCAGCAGUGUAAGAACGGCAAGAAGGAUGACACCUCUUCUGGGAUCUCCUCAUCCUCGGAUGGUGCUGUAGGGGGCAGCAGUGCAGCCUCAGGGAGCUCCUCUAAGGCGGGAGAGGAGGCAGUUUCGUCCUCCACCGGAGAGGCUGGCCCAUCCUGUUCCUCCUGCUCCGCCCAGCCCCAGAGCACUGACAAGUCCAAGUUCUUCGAGGACAGUGAAGAGUCCGAGGCAGAAGCGGACGAGGAGGACAGUGAGGAGGGUAGCGAGGAGGAUUACAGCAGUGAGGAGGCAGAGAACGAGGAAGAAGAGGAUAGCGAGGAUGUGGAGGAGGAGGAAGAGGAGGAGGAUGAAGAGGAGGAUGAGGAGAUGCUCCCAGGAAUGGAUGGGAAAGAAGAACCUGGUUUCGGACAGUGGGACUACAGCCGUCGUAGCUCUGAUCAGGGGAAAACAGCUGAUUGUGGCCAACGCCGGGGACUCUCGUUGCGUGGUAUCAGAAGGCGGUAAAGCAGUGGACAUGUCUUAUGACCACAAACCGGAGGAUGAGGUGGAGCUGGCCCGAAUUAAGAACGCAGGUGGCAAAGUUACCAUGGACGGCCGAGUGAACGGAGGACUUAAUCUGUCCCGGGCUAUUGGUGACCACUUCUACAAGAGAAACAAGAACCUUCCCCCAGAGGAGCAGAUGAUCUCAGCUCUGCCCGACAUCAAAGUGCUGACACUGAACGAGGAACACAACUUCAUGGUCAUCGCCUGUGAUGGUAUCUGGAAUGUGAUGAGCAGUCAGGAAGUGGUUGAUUUUAUUCACGACAAGAUUAAACAGGAGCCGGCUGGGGAUCCUGUCUGCCUGCAGCUCUUGGACCAGUGCUUGGCUCCUGACACCUCCGGAGACGGUACAGGCUGUGACAACAUGACCUGCAUCAUUGUGCGCUUCAAGCCCUUUUGCCCCAGCAAGAGGAAACUAGAUGAUGGGGAGAUGGGCAGCGCGGACUGCAGCGACAGUAAUAAGAAGGCGAAGAGGGAUUAG